CGCUUCCAGUUUCCAACUGUCAACGUCGGCUGCGUGUGUGUUGGCUUCUCUUCUUUUUGUUUAUUUAUAUUUUACUCAACAGAAUGUGCACGAAUAGAUAACAAUAAGGGCGCGCAAAUAAAAGCAGAGCCAAAAGCAACAACAAUGGAAACCGAAAAAAAAUAAAAGCGAAAUAAAUUGUACAAAGCUGGUGCACAAAUUAACAUAAUUAAGCGGCGCGCAUAGUGAUCAAAUGACAACGUGAGAUAUACCAACAACAACAACAACAGCAGCAGCAGCAACAACAACAAUAAGAGGUAGCUAAAAAAAAACUGAAAGCGGCAGCAACAAUUAUUACGAGCGUAAAAGGCCGAAAUAGCGAAAUACGAAAACACGAAAAAUCGAAGAGACGGGAUCAUCAACACUAUAAAAUUCAAAUGAGGCGACAACAACCAUGAACACAGCAGCAACACUAGCAGCAACAACAACACCGACAACAACGACAACGACGGCAACUUAGGCAUCUGUCAGAGACGAAAGCGAAAUGUGCAUCUUGAACGCCACACUAAUGCGCUGCUCCACACAAUCAAUACACAUCAGCAACAGCAACAGCAACAACAUUGACAUCGACAUCGACAACAACAGCAACAGCAAUACAACAUCUACCACAACAGCAGCUACAACAAUUGCAUAAGCCACAAAGCGAUCCAAAGCGACGCCUCAAGCGACCCCAUUUCAGCAAAUCGCAAUCUUUGCCCAGCUCGCUCGACCCUACGCGUAGGCACUCAGCCGGCAAGCUGCGAGCGUUUUACUCUGGUUAUAUUUUUCGUAGUCAGUCAGUCAGUUAGCCAGUCAGUCAGUCUUUGAGUGUAUUUUCAUUUGCAUUGCGCAUACGCAACGUUAGCCGGCGUCAGCAGCAAUGGAUGUGCUGGAGCUGCUGCAUCAAGUGGGCGUGAACAUAUUUUGGAUAUUCAAGAUCUAUAUUAAAUUUGCUCUAGUUACGCUCGUCGUCUACUUUGCUGCCGAGUGGUAUAUAGUGCGCUAUGGGGCCGAGCUGGAGGAUCAGCUGGACGCUCAGCUGGCGGCCAACGAGCGUCCGGCCUCGAACAGCACGUUGAGCAAAGUGUUUCGCUUCGUGUUGAACUUCUUUAUCAUCUAAAGAACUAGAUAUACCACCUGAUAUAUACAUAUAUAUAUAUAUAUAUAUUUAUAUAGAUAUAUGUGUAUAACUGAUUCAAAAGCAAGGUCAAAACUCAACUCGAAUUCGAUAUCGAAUCCGAAUUCGUAUAUGAAUCGAUUGCGGAAUUGCAAUUCGUUGCGGUCGCUUUGCUUUUGCUUUUGUUUUUGUUUUUGUCUUGUUUCUUUUUUUUUCGCCAAGGCCUGCAAGAGAAUGUAAAACCCGAUUUGUUGUCAUAAGAAAAACAACAGCAAAGAAGUACACAAAGUAUAUACAUAUUUAUAUGUACAUAUAUAAAACAACAAAUACAUUCUUUUCCAUGUAAUUACGUAGUAACAAUAAACAAACAAACGGGUUGAACGACUUUUUGCUCCUAAGAAAAACAAUAAAAGUUAUUUUGAAUGCAUUUUGUUCUUACAAAAGAGACAGAAA